GAAUUAGAGUAUCCACUUUUCCUUUUCGACAGUGAGAAUUUUCACUCGGACAGACACGCAAAUUUCAAGUACAGUGUAGCUAUAGAUUCUCUCUCUCUCUCUCUCUCUCUCUCUCUCUCUCUCACACACACACACACACACACACACAAGCUCGCCGGCGAAUUACUUCACCGGCGGGAGGCUUUCCGAAAUCAAUUUCUGCCAAAUCUCCGGGUGAAGCCGCCGAGAAUCAAUUCUCAACCGAAAUCUACGUUUAUGAACACUCAAUUGAGCUUAAACCUAGCAAAUCGAGAUUUCCGCGCUCCUGCUCUGUUCUCAUUGUGCAUGUCGGUUUCUCCACUUCUCUCACCAAUCUCACACUAAACACGCACUGCGGCGAAGAUGACGGUCUACGAUGCGGCGUUUGUGAACACGGAGCUCUCGAAGAAGACCUCGAUCUUCGGCCUACACCUAUGGGUGGUGAUCGGGAUAGUAGUCGGAGCUGUGAUUGUGCUGAUCCUCUUCCUGUUGUCGCUCUGCAUCACCGCCUUUCGCCGCCGCAAGGGAAAGGGUGGUCGGAAGGGAAAGAUCUCCGGCGCCGCCGAGUUUACUCCCGUCGUGUCCAAGGAAAUCCAGGAGAUCGUCCACAACUCCUCCGUCUCUGCCGCCGCCGAUCACCGCCCGAUAGGUCCUCAGGCUGUCCCUGAAAUACAGAUUGAUAUGGGGAAAGUGGAGCACAGGGUGGUGUUUUCUGAUCGAGGAGCAUCGAGUGGCGAGAGCAGGGCCACUAGUGGAGCUGACACAGGGUCGUUUGGUGGAGGUAGUGGGUCGUUGCCAGAGGUGUCACAUUUGGGAUGGGGAAGGUGGUACACUUUAAGAGAACUCGAGGCAGCCUCAAAUGGAUUGGCAGAUGAGAAUGUGAUCGGGGAAGGGGGAUAUGGUAUUGUGUAUUACGGUGUAGUGGCUGAUAACACGAAAAUUGCUAUUAAGAACUUGCUGAACAACAGGGGUCAGGCUGAGAAAGAGUUCAAGGUAGAGGUUGAAGCAAUUGGGCGAGUCAGACACAAGAAUCUUGUUAGGUUGUUUGGCUACUGUGUGGAAGGGGCUUAUAGGAUGCUAGUUUAUGAAUAUGUAGAUAAUGGAAAUUUGGACCAGUGGCUUCACGGAGAUGUUGGGGAAGUCAGCCCCUUGACAUGGGAUAUCCGUGUGAAUAUAAUUUUAGGAACUGCAAAAGGCUUGGCUUAUUUACAUGAAGGUCUUGAACCAAAGGUUGUUCACCGUGAUAUCAAGUCCAGCAACAUAUUGCUAGACCGUCAAUGGUAUCCUAAAUUGUCAGAUUUUGGGCUUGCUAAGCUCUUGAAUUCAGAAAGCUCAUAUGUGACAACUCGAGUAAUGGGAACAUUUGGAUAUGUUGCUCCAGAAUAUGCUUGCACUGGUAUGCUAAAUGAGAAGAGUGAUAUAUAUAGCUUCGGGAUACUAAUUAUGGAGGUAAUUACUGGAAGAUCUCCUGUUGAUUAUAGCCGGCCGCAGGGUGAGGUUAAUCUGGUCGAUUGGCUGAAAAUGAUGGUUGGAAGCAGAAAGUCAGAGGAGGUGGUGGAUCCCAAAUUGGCUGAAAGACCUGAUUCAAAAGCUCUCAAACGUCUGAUCUUGAUUGCCCUUAAGUGUGUAGACCCGGAUGCCCAGAAGAGGCCAAAAAUGGGCCAUGUAAUACACAUGCUGGAAUCCGAGGACUUGCUGUCUCGUGAGGAGAAACGAAUUGCUCGUGAAUCUCUGAGUUCUCACCGGGAAGAAAGUCAUCAAGGUUCAGAGCUGACUAACAAACAAAGCAGCAAAGGUACAUCUGAUAAUGUUGAAGGAGACAGCAGUAGGAACCAUCACGCACCAACUAGUUGGAGAUAGUACGCGGAUUCGGUACUUGCUAUGUAUGAAAAUUCCUCAUGCUUAUUUAUGCCGUUUAAUCAGUUCCAUUCUUAUCCUCUAUCACCAAUUUUUUCUAUAGUUAGUGCCUAAAGCGUUGUUAACUAGCACUUGUGAAAUGAAUGAUUUGUUCUUGACUCUUUAUAGAAAGAAACCGUGGCAAUUUGUUUGUUUCACA